AUGCUUCCAUCUCCCUCGUUGUAUGUACAGGUCAAAGUCAUACUGAGGGUGAGCCCAACGCUGUCAGAGGGCCAAAGCCAACCACCUGUUCUCCGGAUUGACCCGUCGAAGAAAAGAGUCACCAUAAUGGAACCGGUCAGCAAAAGCCAACCAUACUCUACGAUGACACUGGGCAGGGAUGGCAAAAAUCUUCUGAAGACCUUCAACUUUGAAGCUGCCUAUCCUCAAGAGUCAAGCCAGGCCGAGGUGUGUGCAGGCGUCUUGGCUGAUGUCAUCCGCUGCGUGCUCAGCGGCAGCGAUGGAUGUGUUCUGGGUUUGGGAUGUGCUGAUGUGGGCUCCUGGUCCAGCAUGGUGGGGAGUAGUGAGGGCAUCCAGAAGCUCGGGCUUAUUCCCUGUGCCAUCUCCUGGCUGUACAGUGCCAUCGAGCGGCGGAGGGAGAAGACCUGGACUGAUUUGACUGUAUCAGUAUCUGCUAUUGAGCUCUGCUGCGGAGAGGAUGACACGCUGAGGGAUCUGCUGGGGGAGGUCAUCCCCUCAGUAGGCGGUAUCCAGGACAGCCCAAAAGCCCAUAUUAGACUCCAAGAGGACCCUAUCUACGGGAUGCAGCUACGUAACCACAACCGGGUAAAGGCUCCCACUGCUGAGCGGGCUGCUGCCCUCCUGGACGCGGCCAUUGCAGCGCGUCGGCACAGUGACUUCGUUACGUACCUGUCCCACAGCUCUAUAAUGUUCUUCACUCUCCAUGUCCAGCCCCCUCGCACAGAAAGCAGCACCAUUGGGAAAGGUCCACGUGGCCCCACUAAGUUGACCAUGAUUGAUGUGUGUAGUGGUAUGAGGGGUAUGAGCAAAAAUAAACCUCCAUAUUCAGAACUGGGUCCUGUUGUCUUGUCUCUUCUAAGUGGACAUAAAACCACCCACAACAAGGUUAGUAAGUUGACUAUGCUCCUUCGAGAGUCCUUGGGCCAUGUAAAUUGCCAUACCACAGUGAUCGCUCAGGUUGCUGAUUCACUGGCACACCUUCAAGAGACCUUUUCCACUAUUCAGCUGGCUGCUCACAUCCGCAGGACACAGAAGAGGACGAAGCAAUCCACCUCAUGUUCUCCUUGCGGGAGGAGUUUGACUAAAGAUUAUGGGCCUCAGUCUUUGUCCCUGCGGGCAUUCCACUCCACCGAUGAGAUUGAUGUUGACACCCCUCGCUUCUGUUUGCGUGGUGAACUGGAUGAGCGCUCCAGCAGUGACCAGUCCUGUGACACAGUCAUCCAGCUUGACUCACAUGGCUUGGUCAAGUCCAAAGCAACCUCAAUACUGGCUCAACCUGAAUUUGUGCCCAUCAUACCCUCUUUGCAUCCGAACAAGGCUGACAUGGAGGACCCCGAGUUUACCGCUCUGCUCCAAGAGCUUCUGAGAAUUCCUCAGCUGCAGGGAGAGAAGAAGAACGAGGAAGCUGUUCAAGGGAAUACUGAAGUACCGAAAGCAGACACGAAGGGGCCAGAGAGGGACUGUCUUAAAUGUGACACAUUUGCUGAACUUCAAGAGCGUUUGGGCUGUAUUGAUGGAAGUGAGACAUCAACGGAUGUGCUCAAGCCAAAAGGGCCUUCUGUUAACAAUGCCACACCCAAAUCACAACCACAGAAAGGAAUUGGGAAACAGACAGACACAGAUUCAUCAGAAACACCACAGAUGCUGUUGAAUCAGGGGUUAGGCUGCAGUCAGACCUCUGUCGGAGAAAAACAAACAGAUGGUGCCUUCCCUGGAGACAGUUUUCAGAGAGAGGAUUCAGGUCUGUAUGACUGUGAGGAGUGUAGCGCAACCAGUUCCAGCGAGGAACUGCUGAAUCAAACUCUCAGUCUUAACAUGACCCGUCACUCUGAGCUGCCCAAAAAUGGAACUCUUAAGUCAGAUGGUCAGGACUUUGAUGUGAAUGCUCAGGGCUUGCCCGAAACCAAUUCCCUUGCACUUCAGCGUAAAGGGCAACAGGAGAGUCCUGAGGCUGCUGAUUGGUUCAAACAAGGCAAAAGGACUUCACCAGUUGGCAAGAGCUCCCCCAUAUCUCCUUCGGCCUCCUGCUCCUCUUCACACUCCACAGCUACCAGUGUUAUACUUGGAGAUGCCUUACCUAAUCGCCCCACCGAGGACAUUAAGGAAAUGAAAGCCACUAUCACAGUAACUGUUCAACAGCCACUGGACCUAAAAGGUCAUGAUGAACUCGUCUUCUCUAUGGUGGAGGAGGUGACCAUCAGUGGUGCAUUAAACAGAGGGAGAACAGGUGGAAACAUUAUUUGUAUUGGAGACACUGCCCAAUCACAAGCACGUGUUCAAGGCUUUGCCAGCUCUCAUCCAAUCAGGAUAAUCAGCAAUGUCAGUGAAGAACCUGUAGCUGCAGGCUCCUCUAACACAAACCAAAGCUCUGUAGUUCAAUCCAUAGCUACAGAGGCUACCACUGAAAAACUCCAGUAUCAAUUCAGAAGGGAAAAGAGGUUCUUACCUUCAUUUAUAAAUCCCAUGCUGAUAAAUACAGAUAUGGCUUGUGAGUUGGAAGGUGCAAAAGAAAAAGAAAAUCCUCCUGAUACUUUUACAGGAGUCACAUCACAGGCUGAGCUCAGAGUAACUAAUGUUAAAUGUCCUGAAGAUAGAAAUGCUCUUGAGAAGAGAAAUGGGACUUUUGCUUCUGAAACACAUGCCAAAAGGUCUGACAAAGUAUGUGACUCAAUUUUUAGCCAAAUUUCUUAUGACCCAAUGAUUUUAGAAGAUUCAGCUUUCUGUGAUGAAGCUGCAGAAAACAAAAGGUGUGGUAAGAGACCGAGAAAUACAGACAACAGCCACCCUAGAGACAGGGAGCAUGUUUAUUCCACUAACACUCCAAGGGGUUCAGAGGGUGGAGAAAUCGGUUCCAGACGUGUUGGGAAUGCCCCCAAGAGAAUUGGUGUUUCACCUGGUUGCCAAGAAACCGCCCCUGCUUUCUUUAAAACAGGUAGUUUGCCUAGAGCCUGGCAAAAUGCCAACUACCAGGACAGCUACAAUUGUGGUCACAUGGCUGAAGACCACAGAGACCCAAGGGGGGUGACAUCAUCUACCCCUUGUAGCCCAAGGGUAACUCUUGAGAGGAGGCAGGGCAGACAGCACUCCCCAACAAACCACAGCCCCCAUGUCUCCUCUCCUCAGAAAUAUGGAACAGAGUACAAACACCAUGCUAGUAGUACUCCCAGAAAAGGAACUGAAUCUUUGUUUGAGACCUCAAGUCUAAGAAUGAAACACGAUCAUAUGAAUGGGAGACUGAAGUCACCCAUUGAGGACAGUAGCAGGCUUUUCAGUGCCAAACUGGAGCAGCUGGCUACCAGGACCAAUUCCCUCGGGAGAUCCCCAAGGGACUUCCCAGCUCUGGAUAGAGGCAGUAGUAACACCUCCAUGAGCUCUAAGGGGAACUCCAAGGGAAGUUUUGAAGGGACUUGUAAGGGAGGUUAUAAAGGAAAUAACGAGGGAGAUUGUACCUUACCAAGGGCUAGCAGGAGCCCGAGGAAGAAUCCUCGGGCUGACCAGAGUCAUCACUUCUUUCCUUCUCAAAGCCCUGUAACUCAAUCUGCUAGACAUAUCCAUUCCAAGCUCUCUGCUGUGGGGAAACUUAAGAUGGCUAGCCCCAAAGUCCGUCGACUGUCUGCCCCCAGUAUCAAGAACCUCAGUCUCCCUCACAAAAGCCUCCGGCAGUCCAUCAACCGCAGCGCUAGUCUUUCCCCAGAUGGUAAAACUGUUAGCUUUGAGCGAACAUCCUCAUUCCUCUCCUCGUCCCCUCCACGGUCUUUUCACUCCAUCAGUCGCACUCCGAGUCAGAGCUCCACAUGCUCAUCCACAAAAUCUGCAAUCCAGGGUUUUGUCAAUGGCCGGAUCUCAGACCUCCUUAAGGAAAGGGCCUCUAGCCCCACUUCUGGAGGACUGGACCAAAUGACAACACUUCCCUCACCGUACAGCUGUGUGACUGCUCCCCGCAUGCCUGAUCACCAGAGUGGGCACGCAAGUGACACCACCAGUGUGUUGAGUGGAGAUCUGCCACCAGCUAUGGGGAAGACAUCCCUGCAUUUCUCUAACAGGAACAGCAUGGUGAGCAGUGGAUAUGACAGCAUGGUGAGGGACAGUGAAGCCACAGGCAGCAGCACCUCAAACAGAGAUUCUGUCAGCGACAGGAGCGGCUCUCUCCUCAGUGUGGCUUGCAGCAGCCGAUCAUCUCGGAGGAGAGGUAACACAGGUACUCACCAGCGUCGUCUUUCUCAUGAUACACCCCUUUCCCUGAGACGCUCGGCUAGCGGUCUGCGUUCUCGCUGGGUGGAUCGGGGAAUUCCAGAGGCCUACGAGAUCAAGGUCUAUGAGAUCGACAAUGUGCAGAGGAUGCAGAAAAGAGCAGGUGCUGGCAAACAGGGGCCUGCAUGCUUCAGCGCCAAGCUGAAGUUUUUGGAGCACCGUCAGCAGAGGAUGUCAGAGGUCCGAGUCAAAUACAACAACCUGAGAAGAGAGCUAGAGCAGGCCAAACACAACCUUAUGCUGGAGCCCGCCAAGUGGAACCAAGAGUUCGACCUGUGGCAGACCUUCGCGGUGGACUCCCUGGAGCAUCUGGAGGCUCUUGAAGUAGUGACAGCUCGGCUAGAGGACAGGCUCAACCUCUGCAAGGCCAAUGUCAUGAUGGUCACCUGCUUUGAUGCUGCCACCAGGAGACGGCAUAAAAAGCGACGUCGAAAAACGCCAGAGCAGAGAGCCUUGAAGGGAAUCUGAGUUGAAUUAUAGUGCUACAGAUUGGAGUUUUGUUCAAUAACAUCUGGCUUCGGAGGGAGGCCAAUGGUCAGGGCCAGUGACAGAGCUACAGUUCA